CAGCACUUUUCGGUCACAAGAAAUGCGCUGGGUUUGCCUAAUAUUAUUUUGACGUUAAAGUGGUUCACAUGUCGGUAGCAUGAAAACAUAGUCAGUUGAUGAUCCGUAAAAUUGUCAAGUUUAGACGUGUUAGUAGAGCAAGAGAAAGGAUAAUGUCUCUUGUUACUGAUUCAGUCACUGUCCAGGCAAUGGUUCUAAAUAAUUUAUCUGCUGUUGUUAGAAUAGCCACCGAUGAAGUCUUGAUAAAUCAAGAGUAUCCAGAUUCAGUUGAAAAAGCCCUCUUAUUUUCCUUAAAAUGUUUAUUGAGCAAGCACAAGUGCACUGACCAUUUUGUCUAUAAUUUGUAUGCAGAAAGUCCUGAACCUUUGUUUAAGCUGCAGUCGAACGAGUCUAGUAACGGAUUACAACAGUAUCAGGAAUUUCCAAUGUUUCCGGGGAAUUUAUCGUUGUUCCAUAUAAUUAAUACAUUUGUGUAUACUUUGUCAUCAGAAGAUAUUCUUGCUUUAGAUAAAGCAUUAAAGUUCGGCCGUGAAGGUUAUUAUUGUCUUGUGAAAAAUUCAUCCAGUUUUCCGAAAUCAGUGAAUUUCCAAAAUGACUUAGUGGAACUUUCUGAUUGUGUACAUAGUUCCGAACAACCUGAGGAAUCAAUGGAGAAAUGCAAUAAAUGUGUCAUUCGUAAUUUUCGUCCAUUAUAUCGAUGUUCGAGACCGAAACGGACUAAAAACAACUCUCCACCCAAAACUUGUGUUUCAGGGACCGCCUUAUUUUGUAUUGAUAUUUUGCUUGCUGUUUGCAAAGCGUGGAGGUGGAAGGACUUAAGCCCUGGCGAUUAUCUCAGACGGAUUGGACCUUGUCAGUUUUCAGAAAAGCAUACAAACUCACAAAUUUGUUUAAACCCCUAUCACUGGAGUCGAGUACUUAUUCAAGAUAAAAUUAAUGAGGAAAAUAACUGCUCAAGAUAUUCUUCAGAUCCAGAUAUUGUUUGUCUGGGAUUGAACCAUAAUCAUCCAAAUUGUAGUAAUCAUGAAUCUCAUCUUAAGGGAUUGAAUACGGAUUCAGAAUAUCCUAAGGAUAUGAUGCCAUUAUUACUACCACCGUCUGUAUUAUCUUCGUCGUCAUCGUCUUCCUCAUCGUCAACAGAAUCGACAUCUGCAGAAACACAAAUUUCAUUAAUUCGGAUGGAUCAGUCGUGUGAUUCAGUUAUAUCAUAUGAUCCAAUUAUAAAUAAUUCUUCAGCUCCGUUGCUUGCCAAUCAUGAUACCUAUGCAAAAACAAAACUGACUUACUGUUCACCUCAGUUUCUUCAUAAAAUACAACAAAAAUUGCACAUGAAUUUAGUAAGUCCUGUUUCAUCUUUAACCAAAUGGAAGAAAUUGAGAAACAAUAGAAAUUUUAAAUUAUCUACUUACUUGGUUCCAUCCACAGAUUUCAAUCAUACAACACUACUUUCACCACCACCAACAACAACUGCUUCCACAUCUGUAAGUAGUUCUGAUGAUGAAAUGCAUAGUUGUAGUUUCAUCUUAUCUUCUAACAACCCUAAAAAUGAUAACCCUUUACAAAAUUCUAAUCUGCAUUUUAACCGAUUUAUUUCUAUCAGCGAUCAUUCUGUUACAAUAAAUAAUGAGAAAUCUUACCUACAUAGUCGUCUUUCUUCUCCCUCUCCUCUACACCAUCUUAAACCAUGGGCAAAUAUUUCCUAUUGGGAAUCACAUCAUCAUGUUGGACGUAGAUGGUAUCAAAUUACAAAUCGUAAAUUAAAUAUUGUCUACAAUGAUGUUAAUAUUAAUGAUAAUGACCAUAAUAAUAGUGAUGUAAAGGACAAGCUGUAUUCAUCUCCGAAACAAGCAUAUAUAAAUAAGGAAAAUCAUUCAAAUUAUAGAAGUAAAUCUCAAAGUGACUAUAUAUAUUUAUCUUUACUAACUUUAUAUCGAUCAAAUCAUGUAAAAUAUAAUUGUAAAUCAGAUUGUAAUAGAAGUUUUAAUGAACUCGAGAAUUAUUCGACCACUCCCUCUAUCGCUUGUCAUACGAAUAGGAUUAUUGGUAAUAACAGUAGUAUCAUCAGAUCAUCUUCAAAACAAUGCAAAAAGUGUUAUAAUUAUGUGGAUUCAUUCAACAAUGCAUCUCUAAUACCAAAUUUAAUUGUUCAUUCAUCAAUGUAUAAAUCAUCUGGUUGGAGACAAUGUUGUCGUCUAGGCAGCCAGGGAAUUUCGCUUACACUUACCACUUAUGGUUGUGUAUGGUUAAGUAAUCAAGCGAUGGCUACAAACUUACCUAUAUUUGUAUCAUCACCUUGUUUGCAGUUUCAUAAUGCUAAUUCUUCUUCCUCUUCUUCUUCAUCGCUUAAUAGUAGUACUGAAGACUUUCUUGUCGAUAGACCUGUAUAUCGUGUACCAGCCGGUUAUUCUCUAUUAGUUUUCGACCUUUCAUGUUAUGAAAACUGGUUGCAACAACAGUCUUCUUCAUCAUCUUCAGCGUCAUCAUCAUCUUGUCGUCAGUAUUCCGGUAACAACCAUAAUGGCGACAGCAGUAAUUUAAGUGGUAAUAACAAUAAUAGUAAUAAUGUAGAUUUUAACGAGUUGCACAAAACUCAUUUGUGGGCAAAAAAAAACAAUCUAUGCAAAAAUCCCAUUAUACAUAUAAGUUUAGGUAAAGGUUGGGGACCAUCAUAUCGUCGACCAGAUGUUACACAUUGUCCAGCACGUUUAGAGGUGUGGAUUAAUUUAGAACAUCUGUUUCCUUUAUUCAUUUCAAACAAAUAAGAAAUUGUAAAAAUAAUUUAUUUUUCCGAUAUCAUUUUCAUUAUCUCUAUCCUCUCUUUUUCACUUAUUUUUCUUGUUAUUAUUGUGAUUUAAUAAAAAAAAAUAUGUAUAUAUAUAACAUGUGUAAAUAGUGAGGAACUGUUAUAUACCACUUAACUAUUAGCAUUUUGUUCGUUAUUAGUUUCUAUGCUACUCGAUUAAUACUAAUUAUUAUGAGUAAAAUGUAGUAUUCAAUAAUUGCAGAAAUGUUUUCAAAGUAUCUAUACUGUGAUAUAUGUAUGUCUUUAUUCUCUUCAUUUUAUCUGAUAUAGUAAGAAUGAUUACGUUAACAUUUGUGAAUGUGUACUUUUUAUGUGAUGAUCUCAUGUAUAUUCUUUGCAUAUUUAUGCAUUUUAUGAAGUGAUUAGUUUUUAUAAAAUUUCUGACCAGUAAAA